UAUAAUAAUAAUAUUAAGCUUAAUAAACGUAAGGAUUGGUCCGUAAUUAGGUGGUUGACGGACUCGAUCCUUGUGUUACGUGUCCGAAUUUGAGUGGACCGGGCCGCUUUUGUGUUUCGUAUGGGGGAAAAAAAUGGGUCAAUUCGACCGAAGCAAAGAAAAAAAAAAUCCUCUCGACGGCGAUUCUCUCGACCCACCAUCGCGAUUGGUCUCCCUCGGAUCCUCAAGGUAAAUAGAAGGCUUCUCUUCUAGAUUAAUCGAUUUAGAUUAGUUUGCAUCUUGUUUUCCUCUCAAUCUAGGGUUCGGUUUUGUUUAUUCAAUCGAUUUGGGGAUAGUUUCGUUUCAAAAUUAGGGUUUGAAAACGAUUUGGGUAUAAAACGAUUCGGGGAUUUGGGGAUUGGUUCGUUUCAAUCGAUUUGUUCUUACGGGUUCAAAACCCAUUUUGGUUCCGAUCGAUUUAGGGUUUUGAAAACCCAAGUUUCUUCCUUUCGAUUUAAGUUCCAUUCGAUUUACGAUUUGGGUUGUUCUUGUUUGUUCUUACGGUUUCAAAAUCGCAAUUUUCUCCUUUCGAUUUAGGGUUUCAAAAUCCCAAGUUUGUUCCUUUCGAUUUUGGUUCGAUUCUAUUUACGAUUUGGGGUUCUUCUCGUUUCUUCUUAUACGGAUUAAAAUUCAAUUUUAUUACGGAUUCAAAUUCAUUGAUGGUUCCAUUACAUUUACGGUUUUCACAAAGUCUCGGUCGAUAAGUUUGUCUGUCUUUUUCGAUAAGUUUGUGUGUCUUUUCUGUUUCAAAAUCCAUGCUAAUCUGUGCUCUUUGUUUCUCUCUUUCGUUGCUCUAAUGCUCUGUGAAUAUUAUUUCUUGCAGGUUAACAAAAAUGGGACAAUAUAGCUACAGCCAGCCGUCCUCAUCAUCAGAGGACUUGGACAUAACCUCACUUCUCGAAGCAGAAGCUCAGUUGUACGCGGAUGAAGCUCAGAGUAGCUUCGAUAUGGCAGAGCCGGUUCAGUACCAACCUCAACCCGAGGCUGAUGAUGGAAUCCCGACGAUAUGCUACUGUGGGGGUGAGCCGGUUGUUGCAACAGCCUACACUGAGAAAGAUCCAGGACGAAGGUACUUCACCUGCGACAAUGUCGAUGAUGGAGACUGUCACAUCUGGAAGUGGUGGGAUGUCGCGGUCAUGGACGAGAUGAGGGACUUUCAGACACAGCUAAGGCGGCUUAAGGAAGAAGGUACUGAGAGUGAGCAGAAGCUACUGCUGCUAGAGAAGACUGUAUAUGAGUUAGGAAAGGAGAAUUCACAAGUUAAGCUAUUGGUGUGCCUAUUAGUUUUAAUAGGUUUGGUAUUCUUGGUUCUGCGUGGUAAGUUAAACUCUUUGUGCUUUUCAUAAUUGAUUAUGCAAUAGUAUUAUAACAUUUGACUUCUUUAUGUUAUGUGUUUGCAGGAGUAGGUUCAAAGGCUUCAAACGGGAGUGUGUUAUCACCUCACGAGUGGCUGUAUAUGUAAGGUACGAUGCUUUUUACCACUUCACAGUGUAUUUUCUAUAU